AUGCCCGAUUCAAUUCCGGUCGUAUUAUUCUUACGACGAGGGCUUCGCCGUUGCUACGGCCUUAUUAAAAUCUGGAUACGUGCUAUGUUAGUUGGGACUGUCUGGCUCAUAACUCUACCAUACAUCACAGUUUGGGUAUGGAGAUUCUAUUUCUGGAGUGGAGACGGUCUCGCCUCGUUUAUUUACAGAAGAGAGUCUAUAUCUGUUGGAACAGCAAAUAAUAAUAGCACAAUAUCAGACGAAAAAAGUGCAUUGGCGGUAUUUUAUGUGAAUUUAUUGAAAUCUGCGUUAUGGUAUGCGCCUCCAGAAGCAGUAGAAUUUGUCGAAGCGUACGGAGACUUCGCAAGCAGCAAAUUUUUCGCGGAUACUUUUGAAGGUCAAAUUAUAACGUGUAUUGUAGUUAUUGUAUUUGUUGCAGCCUUCUUACUAAGAGAAUGGAUAAUACAAAAUACUCCGCCCGAGGAUGGACUAGAAAAUGAUGGAAUGGAGAUUGAGGGAAUUGAUAAUGAUCUGGAAAAUCGUGCAGAGGAGAAUGCUGAAAGAAGACUAAUACCUGCCGCUGUACCUCCACCGCCGGCACCUGCUGAUAACCAAAGAGAAUUUGAUUUACAAUUACCACAAUUACUUAAUUUUGAGCCAAAUUUGCAAAAUAUGCCACAACUACCACAAUUACCCAAUUUUGAGCCAAUCCUUAAUUUACCUAAUGAUCCGGGACCAAAUAACAGGCCGUGGCCAGUGUUAAAUAUCCCCCCUGCUCCAGAUCUAUUACCUCAACCGCCACCACCAGCUCCUGAUUCAUACAUUUUUAACGAAAGAAAUCCUCAAUUCCCAGAGAAUUCAUCAACUUAUCGUGCACUGGAACAGCACAAUGAGUCUGAACAGCUACUCGAUCAAAACGGAGAAAACAUCGAUUCUUUUGCUCUAAGGCCCUCAGAUAAUCAUAUUUUUGAUUCCUCGUUUUCUGCAACUUCAUCAUCUUUUAAAAACAUUUAUGGAGCUCCUGUAUCUAAAGAAAAUACUCAAAAUGAUACUGCCUCACCAGAAUCACAAUCUGCUAAUCUUUUUUACUCUAAUGAUAAAAACAUUUCAAUUUCAGCGUUAUUGACUGAGGUUGACAAAAAGAAAAAAGCUGAGAAAACAUUGGGUUUUACUGAUAUGGACACUCAUACUUUAUCUGCAAUGUCGUCGCAGAAAGCGUUGGAUCAAGAAGAAAUCAAGUCGAACUUUCUUUUCCCUUCGGAUAACAAAAAGAAUAAUCACUCAAAUCGACGAAUAAGGCCAAUAAAACAGAUAAGGUCACGUACAAAAGCGUCGACUUUUAGCUCAAAGCCCCACUCGCAAAAGAUAAACACUGCACACAGCUCAUUGAAAAGUGAUCCUAUUGACACUUCCUCAUCUAUAAAAAGCGAGGCCCUUUUGCGUGGGGAGAACAGUUUGCAGGAAUCAGAAGACUCCGAAGAAUAUGGUGAUUCACCAUUAUCCUCGGAAAGUGAAGCUAGUAGUGAAGAUAAUAACAAUGGCGAAACUGAAGAUAACAGUGUUAGCGGGAAAUCAAUUAGCCCCUCUAAAUUAAUAGCCAAUAACAGAAGUUUAUAUCAUGUCAAUCAGUCGUUUUCUGGUUUAUCAGCUUCCAAUUCUUCAAGAAACGUUGCUCGUCAAAUGAAGUGGGCAUCCGAUGUAGCGCAGUCUCCAUCUAGGCGAAAAUUGCUACAAAAAUCUUUAGAUCCAAAUUUAAUACCAUUUUUGCCCGAAUCCAACUCGUCAAAUUGGAUGAAGAAUGAAAAACCCUGGUUUGAGGCUUCAUCUUCAAGUUUGACGAAUAGGCAUGGCGGGCUGGACGAAUCAAGUAGUUGGGAAGAAGUUAAUCCAAAUAUUAUAUUUGAAGAUGAUCAUUAUAAUAGAGAAGAGGAAGAUGACGAGGAAGAUGACGAAGAAGAAGAUGAAUAUGAAGAAGGCGAAGAAGUUGAUGACGAAGAUGAAAGCGAAUCUGACGAUUCGCAGAUACUGGAAGACGAAGACGAUAAUGAAGCAGAUGAUGCGCGGGAUCCUGAGGAUAUAUUAAAUGUAGGUGAAGCGCAAAAUCAUCGUGUCGAAGUUCAACAAGAUGCAAAUGCAUUUCCACUAUUCCCAAGACAAGAACAAGCUCGACAGCCAGUUAAUGCAAUAUGGAUUCCUCCUCGUAAUAAUAAUCUCAACAAUGAGCCGCAACAAAACAAUAACGAUAAUCCUGGUGUGAACCAACCACUUGUUAAUAACGCACCAAUACCACCACCUAUUAAUCCAGUCCAACCUUUAGUUAGAAGAGAUCCCAAUCAAGAUCCACCCGUUGCUCCAUUGUUUAACGAGGCGAUCGACGCCCCUGUUGGUGGAAUGCAAAAUUUCAAUCAAUUUGGAGAAGCAGACGAUGAAGAAGAAAAUGUUGCUAAUGAAGACCUCGAAGGAGUUCUUGAGGCAAUUGGAAUGAGAGGAUCUCUAUGGAUGUUGAUACAGAAUUCGGCGUUGAUGGCUCUCCUAAUUGCUUUGUGCCUGGGGUUGUCGAUUUGGAUACCUUAUAUAGUGGGAAAACUUGCCCUUUUGUCAAAUCCUUUCUAUCUGAUACAAGGACCUUUAUGGUUAUUACGACGUGUUACAGACCCAUUAGUUGAUCUCACCAUUGAUACCGCAUUACCUUGGAUAUGGUCAAUUAUAUCACCUAUUCUGAGAUCCGGAUGGGAAACUUCUAGUCCCUUCGUUUAUCCCUAUCUUGAAGAUCUUGCCAUAGUUGAACCUUUACAAACCGUGGCCAGUAAAUCUUGGGAAUAUUUCUUGUAUGCAAUGUCUCUUACAGCACAAAUCGCUCCUACGACAUCGGAAAAAAUCGUCACCAAUAAUGCUACUUUAAUAAGCUCAGAAAAUGAAAUUUCACAAUUAGUCCAACUUGAUUAUAUAAAUUUAGCGUUUAAAUUCAUUCAACGGUAUAAUGAAUUUGCAUAUGGAAAUAAACCAGUCGACAAAAUUAUCUGCAUAAUUUUCGGAUACACAAUUGUCAUAUUGGUGAGCACUUGGUAUCUUGCCAGAACCAGAAACGCCUACGGUAGGACAGUUGGGCGUGCAGUUCAAGAAGCUUUAAGACAGCAGGGCAUAGUAUUAAAGGUGGCUUUCUUUGUGGCGAUAGAAUUAAUCAUUUUCCCAAUAAUCUGUGGAAUCCUAUUGGAUUUUUCAACUUUACCACUAUUUCCCGACGCGACUCCUUUAACUCGCUUCAACUUCUAUCUGGAGUCUCCAUUCACUUCAAUAUUCCUUCAUUGGUUUAUUGGAACCGGUUUUAUGUUCCAUUUCGCAGUGUUUGUCGCCGUAUGCCGUGAAAUUGUGCGCCCAGGUGUAAUGUGGUUUAUCCGAGAUCCGAAUGAUCCGCAAUUCCAUCCUAUCAAAGAAAUACUAGAGAGACCUGUGUUAACACAAUUGAAAAAAAUAGGAGCAAGCGGAAUUAUGUAUAGUGCAAUGAUUGUCUUUGGUCUAGGAAGUGUCAUUUAUUUUGUUCGCUAUGCAUUUGUUUCAAUAUUGCCAUUACGAUGGUCACUCACCGAGCCAAUAUCCGAUUUCCCACUUGAUCUUUUAGUCUUUCAUAUUGUUGUUCCAGUUACGGUCGAUUGGGCUAAACCACGCGAGCUAUUUCGAACUCUCUUUGAAAAAUGGUGGCAUGUCGCUGCACAACAAUUACGCUUAACUUCUUUUAUGUUUGGAAACCGAUACCCUGAAGAAGAAGGCACUCACUAUCGCAAGACAUGGCGUGCUCUCUUACUCGGACAAAAAGCUCCUAUACCACGACUGGGCAUAGAUACAGAUAACAAUAACAACGAGGAUCAGAAUGCUGAAGUUGUAUUCGUUAAAGAUGGCGGAUUUGUUCGUGCCCCAAGUUUUGAUGGAGUACCUGUAGUGCCUGGAAGACGAAUGCUUAUACCUGUGACUGAACAAGGAGCAUUACUAGAUCCUAAUGACGCUCCUGUCGGCGAGGAUGAUCAGUUACACCAUACCGUUGUAUAUGUUCCACCCAGUUUCAAAGCACGUGUGAUAUUUUUCUUGUUUUUAAUGUGGCUUUGUGGCUCAAUAUUCUGUUGUUCUGUGACAAUUUUACCUUUGCUCAUUGGUCGAUUCAUAUUCCAAACUUUACUACACUAUCAACAACCUGUUCAUGAUCUCUACGCUUUCACAGUUGGCCUGUAUGUUAUGUGGACAUUGGGUGUUGGCAUGGAAUGGACUAUUCGUAGAUUCCAAAUAUUAAAAGAACAGCGAAUUUGGGAAAUUGAUUGGCUAGUAUUGCGAGGGAAAUUGGUCACCGGAACCCGAAUAUGCUCAAAGAUUUUGUAUCUAUUUGUCGCUUUUGGCAUAAUCAUGCCAUUUCUUUUCUCAUUGGUUAUCGAACUUUAUUUCAUUCUUCCAUGGAAGAAAUACAGUGCAGAACCACAACCAAUUUCUUUCCUACAGGAUUGGGCAUUGGGUAUCGUAUACAUGAAGAUUGCAUAUCGGAUUGUAUUCAUGUUACCGGAUAACACAUUUAGUCGGACAAUUAACGAAAUUACUGGACGAGGUAUUCGAAACCUUGACGUCAAAUUGGCAACGAAUAUGUUUAUUCUUCCAAUCGGAGGAAUUGGUCUUGUGGCAGUUAUCUUGCCAGCAUUAAAUGCUUGGCUGAUUUUGUUCGUAGCCGGUAUAGGGUCGCGCGAAACACAAACACUCAUUUUCAGACUCAUAUAUCCGUUAUUCUUGGCAUUUGUGGUCGGCUACCGUAUUCAAAGACAAGCUACACAACUCAUACAGAAUUGGAUGCAGACAGUGCGAGAUGAAGAAUAUCGUAUAGGACUUCGAUUACAUAAUAUAGAACCAAAUGAACCAGCUACAAAUGUACCAGUAUCAUCAUCCUCAAAUACUAACAACGACGACAAUCCCAUUCCUCAAAAUGCUGGUUAA